UUGAGCUGCAGGGAAACGAUGAGAAACUUCAUCGUCCGAGUCUGCUUAGGUUGGUUGGCAGCAGCGAUUCUGGUGAAUGGUCAGCCAGUACGAAGUCGACGAAGGAUACAUCGACACGGGAAGAAACGUCCGAAUCGCUGACAGGUACUUCGAGGAUUCGACACAGGUACGUACGUGGUUCACCGUUCGAAGCUUUCCCGACGGAACUCGCAACUGCUACACCAUUCCCCGGUUGAAGGAAGGGGACAGGUAUCUCGUAAGGGCCUCCUUCGUUCACGGCAACUACGACGGCCAAGCCUUUGGGAACUCCGUCGCCCCACCACUGCUAUUCGAUCUCUAUGUCGGUGUCAACCUCUGGCGACGCAUAAACAUCACCAAGGCGUCCACACUUUACGAGGCCGAGAUUAUUACUCUCGCCCCGUCCGACUCCCUGUCGAUAUGCCUGGCCAACAUUGGUUCGGGAACGCCGUUCAUAUCUUUGCUGGAGUUGAGGCAUAUCGACAACCACCUGGCGUACCAGGACGCGAAUCAAUCCGCUGCACUACUCUUCUACAGUCGCUACAACUUGGGAUCCCUCACCAACGACACCGUCAGUUCUUUGGGAAUCAAGACCACUCGUGGUGAUGCUUAUGAGGUCCCAGGCAUGGUCAUGGGGACUGCAACUGUUGCUGCAGAUAAUUUUACAUUGCAUUAUUCCUUGGGCUAUGGCCUCAAUUCGAGUGUUCAAACAACAUUCUAUAUCUAUUUGCACUUUGCUGAUUUCAACUAUUUAAGUGGGAAUGGAAGUAGAAUUUUUCAGGUGAGAGCAGAUGGGGAACCCGAUAGUGAUAACAUCAGUCCUGCAUAUCUACUGGCAACUCAUGUCCAUUUCAUCCAUCGGCUGGCGUACCCAGGUUUAAAAGGUUAUUUUAAUCUGACAAGGGUGGUCGGUUCCACCCUUCCCCCCAUCCUCAAUGCUGCUGAGGUUUACAUUCCUAUUAAUCUUUCAGCUGUGGCAACAGAUCCAGCCGAUGUUGAUGCUAUAAUGGGGAUAAAGAAAUUAUAUCAGAUGAAGAUAUGGCAGGGUGAUCCUUGUGCUCCGCAGCAAUUCAUUUGGAGUGGAGUAAAUUGCACCUACUCAAGCUCUGGUACCCCAAGAGUCACCUCAUUAAACCUCUCUUAUCAUGGGUUGAAUGGUGCUAUACCAAAUACUUUUGCUAAUCUGAAGGCCCUUAACUAUUUGUAAGUUUCUAAAUUUAUCGUCGGAGGCUGCUGGCUAGCAACAUCAUGCAGAGAACUUGAGAACAAUUUGUAGAUCUAAUUUCUUAAUGAAAUUUCUUAUUAAAACAUAUCAAUAACUAAUGUAAUCCAUGUAUUUUGUCUCAGGGACUUGUCAGACAAUGAUUUAAUGGGCCCAAUACCGCCCUCUUUAGAAGAAUUGACAUCACUCAAUGUGCUGUAAGAACAGAUUUUUCUCUCUUACACGAUUCACCUGGUGCAUGCGUUUUCAACAUCGAAAACUUCAAUUUUGUCGUGCGCAUGCUUCAGGACUUCUCUCUCCACAUAUUAUAUGCUAAUGGUUGAGCAAUAUCAAACUUUUUGCAGAAUUUUGUCAAAUAACCGACUCAAUGGGCCUAUUCCAGCUUCUUUGUGUGAUGGACAAUCAAAAGGAUUGCUUGAGUUGAGGUUUGUGCUGUAGUCUAACAUCCCAAAUCUUCCCACAAUUCCUUCUACCUAAUACUAAUGUCUUAUGAACUUUAUGUUCUGCAAAGAGUGGACAACAAUCCCGAUAUAUGUCUCUGUCAUAGUACAUGUCAAAUUGGCAGCGAAGGAAGGAAGCUUGCUACAGUCAUCAUUGUGCUGAUCUCUGUCGUCCCAGCGCUGAUUAUACUGCUGCUCCUAUCAUUGCUUUUAUUCUUCUUGAGGAGAAAAAAAUCUACAACAAAAUUAUGUAAGUGGUUUUAAGCAAGUAAUAGCUUAUAAACAUACAAUUUUGUUGUAUAAUGUCCUUUUCUUCUUCAACGAAAGGCAAUGUUAGAAGUGAGAUAGAACUCUUACCUGUAUAAUAUCAGGACAUGUCUUCUCUGAUAUCAUAGAGAAAAGUAACUUCUUUUAUUGCUGAAAAGAA